UUGAGUCCCACAGAGCCAACAAGGCAAUGACAUUAUUCAAGAACACUAGAUGGAGAUUUUUUGUCAUGAUGGAGGAGAUUCUGCCAAAUGGGGGUGGCACCAUGGGUGCUGCUGCCUAUAAUGCAGCUUUGUUGGCUGCACAGGCACCAGUAGCUGCCAUGUCUGCCAGCACAUUUUCCAGUGCCAUGGCUAGUGGGUCAGCACUUGGUGCUGCUAAUGCUGAGGUAGGCAGUAAUGCUAUGGGUCUUGCUAUUUCUGUACCCUCUCCUUGUAACAUACCUGUUGGUAUGGUGCCUGCAGAUGGCUUCAGAUGGGAUAAGGUUAUAUCUGCCUUUCCAUCCACUGGCACUGGGUUUGUUGCCAGCAGUUCCAUGAAUAUGCCUCCUUCCCCAUCUUCAGUAUUGGCCUCCAGCACUGGAAAACACUCGCAUUCUAGUGCUGCCGCAGUCCAGUCCAGGACCUAG